GUUUAUAUUUGUUGAAUUGAGUUUUCCAUUUGUUUAUGUGUCUUGGAGUAAAGGAAUGGACAACUCUUGUGAUGUUUCUCAAUGAGUGUCAUCAUCUUCUCCCAUUUAAGAAAAGUAACAGCUCUGUCCUACUUGAUCUAUUUAUAUAUUCAGAUUUGCUGGAAGGGAACACGAGAUCAUGGACUUUGGCUUCAGCAGUCUAAUCGGCCAACCUGUGUAGUUGCUUACUCCGAUGCAGAUUGGGCAGGUUGUCCUGACAGUUCUCGGUCUACCACAGGUUUUGCUGUAUUUUUGGGUCCUAAUUUGGUUUCCUGGAAGGCUAAGAAGCAGCCCACUGUGUCCAAGUCCUCCACAGAAGCGGAAUAUCGUGCCAUUGCUUACACAGUACAAGACACACUACAUAUCCGCUCAGUCCUGUUCGAACUUGGAUGGCCUAUCUCAGAGCCAGUACAUUUAUUAUGUGAUAAUAUAUCUGCUUCUUACUUGACUGCAAAUCUAGUUCAGCAUGCUCGCAGUAAACAUAUUCAGAUUGAUUAUCAUUUUGUUCGCGAACGGGUUGCUCAUGGAGAUCUGAUUGUUCAACAUGUUCCUACUCAUCUACAGCUGGCAGAUAUUUUUACUAAAAGUCUCUCUAGUCAACGUUUUCAUUUUUUGAAAGACAACCUGCGCGUUGUAUCUCCCGCACAGUUUGAGGGGGUGUAAUAGAAUUAUUAGAGGAAUAGAAUUAUUAGAGGCUCAGUAUUGUACUUUACAUUAAACUCUCUCUAAUAUAAAUAUAUCUGCCAGGGCUCCUCAGGGAGUAACAUUUUCCAUUAUUUCACAGUAGAGACCCAGGGGGCUACCGCCCCCCAACAAAUUUUUUUUAGUGUAUAUAUAUACGAAAAAUAAUUUUUGCUCUUCCAAAAAGUAUUUUGAACCCCCGAAAAAUAAUUUCGUCCCCCAAAAUGAUUUUCCUGGGUCCGCCCCUGCUUGUUGUUCACCGCCAACUGUAUCACAUCAUGCCUUCCGCCGUCAGACAGCGUACUACUCUCCCUGGCUGCCCAAAUGAAUUGCCGAUCGUGUCGCCGGCGUCGCCCACCAUCCAAGACUCCCAGUACUCCGACCACCCACCUGCUUCCCUGCGCCAUUGCUUCCGGCCCUCCUUUGCCACUUGGUAAUUAAUCUCUUCUUCCGCUCUCAAGACUUGUGAGAUCUCAAGACUCGUAAGAGAUGAACUUAAAUCACGAGCUUCCCUACAAUUUCUUCACUUUUUAGAUGACAUUGACUACGGCCGAUGUGAAAUGAUUUGAGAAUUGUCACCCUUCAAAUCAUUUUUAAUAUUUUUUUUUUUAUUUCAAGCCGAUUUUGGGAAUUCAUUUUUCUAAUUGAAGUGGUCGGCAUUGAUGAAAAAAAUUAAUGACUUAUUUCGUAUUUCCCUCCGUUCUUUAGUAACUGUCUCACAUUUUUUUGGGAUGAUUUUGUUGAUUAUGAAAAAAAUUAGGAACAUUUACAUAAAUAGGACUAAAUCAAAUGAUAAUUGCAACAAUAGGAGUUUAAAGUUUAAAUUCCCAAAAUAAGACCAACUCUUCCUAUUUUUUUAUAUUUUAUAAUGAUUGUUUAAAAAUACAAUUAGAAAGGACAAAGGAAAGGGUAGAAUAAAAAAAAUAAAAAUCGUAAAAAAUAAAUAAAAAAUAUUCAGACCACAACCACCACCUCAGCCACCUUCCAGCACCGCCACCUCCGGUCGCCGGAAAAGAUUGUCAAGUUGGGGGGAAAAUGUCAUCAUGAUGGUAAUUUUGAAGAGAAAGCUGGAUAUUUUCAAAGAGUAAAAACGCCAUCUUCAUGGCAUUUUCAGA